GUUUAACACGACUCUUUUUCUUUUACACUUGUUUUGUGUACUUUACACUUUUUCAUACUCAUAACCUAUAAUAUAAAAGCAACUGAUAUUUUUAGUUCCACAGCACAUAGUUGAAUCUGGCCAAACACCCCCCAAAAAAGAAGCAGCAGCAAAAUCUUGAAUCUGUAGCUUUCUGUUGUAACUUGAUAUAUAUAGGAUGGCGAACAUAGACAUAGCUGGAAUCAUGAAGGAUCUCCCAAAUGAUGGUCGUAUCCCGAAGACCAAAAUUGUUUGUACUUUAGGGCCAGCUUCUCGAUCAGUGCCAAUGCUGGAGAAGCUCCUUCAUGCUGGAAUGAAUGUUGCCAGGUUUAACUUUUCCCAUGGGACCCACGAGUACCAUCAGGAAACCUUAAACAAUCUUAAGAUUGCUAUGCAGAAUACUCAGAUCCUCUGUGCUGUCAUGCUUGAUACCAAGGGACCUGAGAUUCGCACUGGUUUCUUAAAGGAUGGAAAACCAAUUCAGCUGAAAGAAGGCCAAGAAAUCACUGUGUCUACAGACUAUGACCUAAAAGGAGAUGAACAAACAAUCACGAUGAGCUAUAAGAAGUUGGUAGUGGACUUGAAGCCGGGCAAUACCAUCUUGUGUGCAGAUGGUACCAUAACCCUUACUGUUCUGUCAUGUGAUCCAGCGGGUGGAACAGUGAGAUGUCGCUGCGAGAAUACUGCCACCUUAGGAGAGAGGAAGAAUGUAAAUCUUCCGGGUGUGGUUGUGGACCUCCCAACACUUACAGAGAAGGAUAAGGAAGAUAUACUAGAGUGGGGUGUUCCUAACAACAUUGAUAUGAUUGCUCUUUCAUUUGUGCGCAAGGGUUCAGAUCUUGUCAAUGUUCGCAAGGUUCUUGGUCCACAUGCCAAGCGCAUUCAAUUAAUGUCAAAGGUAUGCAGAGUCAUUUAAUCUUUUAUAUUUAGA